AGAGACGUACAGACCCGCUGUCUGUACAGAACAGUGCUAGGAAAUACAGACUAAUGGCGUCUUCACAACGCGCCCGACGGAUCAGCUGAUUCUUAUAUCUGCCUGCAAAACUACAUGAAGACAUAAGCUCUGCAGCAGGCAUCAUGACCACAGCCAGGUACCGACCCACCUGGGAUUUGGCCCUGGACCCGCUGGUGACCUGUAAGUUGUGCCUGGGAGAGUUUCCCUUGGAGCAAAUGACCACCAUCACCCAGUGCCAAUGCAUCUUCUGCACCCUGUGCCUGAAGCAGUAUGUGGAAAUUCUCAUAAAAGAAGGCUUUGAAACGGCCAUCAGCUGUCCAGACUCAGCCUGUCCGAAACGUGGACAUUUACAAGAAAAUGAGAUUGAAUGCAUGGUGGCCACAGAGAUAAUGCAGAGGUACAGGAAGCUGCAGUUUGAGAAGGAGGUGUUGCUGGACCCAAGCCGGACCUGGUGCCCCUCCUCCACGUGCCAGGCCGUGUGCCAGCUGAAGGAGUCUGACACGCCGCUUCCGCAGUUGGUGCGGUGCAGCGUUUGCACACUUGAGUUCUGUUCCGCCUGCAAGGCCAGCUGGCACCCGGACCAAGACUGCCAGGAGAACGUCCCCAUCACCUCGUUUCUACCUGGAGAAAGCAGUUCAUUCUUUAAAGCUGAUGAUGACGACGCCCCCAUCAAACGCUGUCCUAAGUGUAAAGUCUACAUAGAAAGAGACGAGGGCUGUGCCCAGAUGAUGUGUAAGAACUGCAAGCAUGCUUUCUGCUGGUACUGCCUGGAGUCUCUGGACGACGACUUCCUCCUGAUCCAUUAUGACAAAGGACCCUGUCGGAACAAAUUAGGCCACUCCAGAGCCUCGGUGAUCUGGCACAGAACACAGGUUGUUGGAAUCUUUGCUGGUUUCGGCCUCCUCUUACUGGUAGCCUCUCCGUUCCUGCUUCUAGCUACACCAUUCGUGCUGUGCUGUAAGUGCAAGUGCAGUAAAGGCGACGAUGACCCUUUACCCACCUAACAGCUUGGCGUGAGCAGUCCCUGUACGAGGAAUUCCGGUCAUCUCCUUUAAUCCUUUUUCUUUUCCUCCUCCGCCUUCGAGCUCUUCAUCAACCGGUGGGACUUGCGCAUUUGAAGCCGCAACACGAGCCAUCUCACGCCACGGUUACUGUCACAGCUAGCUGAGUAGGCUCCAUCCCCACAGGCCCGAUGAGACUAAAGCAGACCUCAUGAGGCUGCUGCUUGCUUAGGUGGGGGAUUCGACAGGUGGGGGU